AUGUCAAUUCUCAUCUCAAUUCUCAAUUUCUCAAGUCAAUUCUAAUUUCUAAAUCGAAAUCUCAAUUUCUCAAUAAUAUAAAUUCUCAUUUCUCAUUCUCAAACUUUCGUGACCGGGGCGUGAACUGAGACUGUGUGUGGUCACCCGUCACCAUUCACCAUCACCGUCACCCACACUCGUCAGUCCUCACAGAUCUCAAUUUUCAAUCGUUUCGUCCAUCAAAACUAUGAAUACGGUGUAAACUUAAUUUUAUGUUUUAUAAACUUAGUAUUACACGAUGAAGAUAGCAUUGAUGGUGGCUGAAAAGCCAUCUUUAGCCCAAAACCUCGCGAACAUACUCAGUAAUGGCAAAUGUAACACCAACAAGGGUUCCAACUCAGCUUGUGCAGUUCACGAGUGGAACGGUACAUUCAAAGGUGAACCGGUCAGAUUUAAAAUGACGUCAGUAUGUGGACAUGUGAUGAGUUUAGAUUUCAGCGGCAAAUAUAACAACUGGGACAAAGUGGAUCCCAUUGAGCUAUUCAGCUGUCCCACGGAGAAGAAGGAAGCAAUGCCCCGGCUUAGAAUACCAGCAUUCUUGGCCCAGGAGGCCAGGGGUUGUGAUUAUCUGAUUUUGUGGUUGGAUUGCGACAAAGAGGGUGAAAAUAUCUGUUUCGAGGUGAUGGCAUGUGUUCAACAAUCUAUGAAAGGAGAUAUAUUGUCUCCCUUAGUGACAUUUCGUGCACGUUUCUCUGCCAUAACCGAGAAGGAUAUCAAAGCGGCCAUGAUGAAUCUCAUCCGGCCGAACGAGAAUGAGUCUCGCAGUGUGGAUGCUCGUCAGGAACUCGAUCUACGUAUUGGUUGUGCGUUUACACGAUUUCAGACAAAAUAUUUUCAAGGCAGAUAUGGUGACCUUGAUGCAUCUCUUAUUUCCUACGGUCCCUGCCAGACCCCAACCCUUGGGUUCUGUGUCCAACGCCACGAUGAGAUCCAGACCUUCAAGCCCGAAACAUAUUGGGUGUUACGAGUCACAGCUUCCACUUCUGAGGGUCGGGAGCUACCUCUAGAAUGGAAGAGAGUCAGAAGUUUUGAGAAGGACAUAGCUAAUAUGUUCCUUGCUGGAAUUAAAGAAAUCAAGGAGGCAACAGUGGUGUCAAUCCAAGCCAAGGAGAAGGUGAAGCCUCGACCCACAGCUCUGAACACGGUGGAGUUGAUGCGAGUGGCCAGCGCUGGAUUGGGUAUGGGGCCGCACCAUGCUAUGCAGAUUGCUGAGCGUCUCUACACGCAGGGCUACAUAUCGUAUCCCCGAACUGAAACUACAAGUUAUUCUGAAAACUUCGAUCUUAUUGGAACAUUGCGACAGCAGCAGAACUCUGCCAAGUGGGGCUCCGAUGUGCGCGCGCUCAUCUCCCACGGCAUCAACAAGCCGAAGAAGGGCCACGACGCGGGCGACCAUCCGCCCAUCACGCCCAUGAAGCCGGCCUCGGAGUCAGAGUUAGAUGGCGACAUGUGGCGCAUAUACGACUACAUAACGCGACAUUUUAUCGCAACGCUGUCGCGCGACUGUCGCUACCUGUCUACCACGAUCACGUUCCAAAUCGGCUCCGAGACGUUCUACUAUACAGGCAACACGCUGGUGGACGCUGGAUACACUGAGAUCAUGCAUUGGCAGGCAUUUGGCAAGGACGAAUUCGUGCCGCCUCUACACGUGGACGAUAUCCUGCGAGCACACGACCAUAGACUGGUAGAGUGUCAGACAUCACCGCCCGACUACCUCACAGAGUCUGAGGUAAUCACCCUGAUGGAGAAGCACGGAAUUGGCACUGAUGCCUCCAUACCGGUGCACAUCAACAACAUCUGCCAACGGAACUAUGUCAACGUGGGCAGCGGCAGACGACUGGUGCCCACCAGCCUAGGCGUUGUUCUCGUUCACGGAUAUCAGAAGAUUGAUCCAGAACUAGUGUUACCAACAAUGCGAACAGCGGUGGAAGAACAGUUGAACCUCAUCGCAAUCGGCCAAGCCGACUUCCACGCGGUGCUGGCACACACGGCGGAGAUAUUCCGCAGGAAAUUCCAGUACUUCGUGAGGUCCAUCGAGGCCAUGGACCAGCUGUUCGAGGUCAGCUUCUCAUCACUGAAGACCAGCGGCAAGGCUUUGUCCAGAUGCGGGAAGUGUAGGCGCUAUAUGAGAUAUAUACAAGCAAAACCAGCGCGCCUCCACUGUUCGCACUGCGACGACACGUACUCACUGCCGCAGAACGGCAACGUGCGCAUCUACCGCGAGCUCAAGUGUCCACUGGACGACUUCGAGCUGCUGUCCUGGUCCUCCGGCAGCAAGGGCAAGAGCUACCCGCUGUGCCCCUACUGCUACAACCAUCCGCCCUUCAGGGACAUGAAGAAAGGUUUCGGCUGCAAUUCGUGCACGCACCCCACCUGUCCGUACGGAGUCAACUCCACGGGCGUGUCGGGUUGUGUCGAGUGUGACGGCGUACUAGUCCUCGACCCGUCUGCGCCCAAGUGGAAGUUGGCGUGCAAUCGGUGUGACGUCAUCAUCAAUAUAUUCGAAGAUGCGUCACGCGUGGCGGUGUGCGAAACUGCGUGCAGCGCGUGCGGCGCGCAGCUCGUCAGCGUGGAAUACCGCGCCGAGCGCACGCGCCUGCCCGCCGCGCUCACCGAGAUGACCGCCUGUCUGUACUGCGAGCCCAACUUCAGCGCGCUCGUGGAGAAACAUCGCGCAGUGUCGUCACGCGGCGGUGGGGUGCGCGGGCGCGGGGGACGCGCUCGUGGCAAGCAGCGCAGCAAGCAGCCUAAGGACAAAAUGGCGCAACUCGCGGCAUACUUUGUUUGAGUAUUCUUUUAUUAUAACUCUCGUGUAAUGGACAUUGUGUUAGUGAUUGCUUUAUUCAUUUAGAUAUCCGGCGCAGAGUUAGAUGAGGACGGCAGAGGUGUUAAAAAUCCAACUCAGACCAAUUAUAGAAGGACCAGUAUCUCACUCAAAUUCGAGAUUUGGUAUAUAUCUUAUACUAAACUAGAAGAUUUUGCCCAUUUUUUACACCAUUCAAGUAGACAAAAAUGUAUUUUUACGGAGCUCUUUAACCGACGAACAGAAUUACAACUAUGAAACAUCGAUACUAAAGACACAGUUUUUAUAAUAGCAUUUAGAUCAUUGAUUAUAUACUUUGACAGAAAAGUAACGUCUAGCGAGGCAGGUCCUAUACAAUAAUUGGUCUGAGAUAUCGAAUAAAAAUACUUAUCCAAUCGAUAUUUAUAAUUAUUAUAUUUAUUUUAUAUAUUAGGUGAGAGUGCAAGAUAAUAUUAUAAUAAUUUUAUAAAUAAGCUAAAAUUUUGUGUACCUAUAACUUUAAAUUAAAUAUGCGGACUAGCUUAUUUUCCUGCUCCCUUUAAUAUGGGUAUCAGUUUGACUAAUGUGUCGAUCAUCAAAUGAUGUGUCGUUUUUCAAACUAAAUUAACGAUUUUUUAUUAAAAUUAUAGAUUAAAAAAUCCAUUAACCUACUUCCACUCAUGUAAAAAAAUUAUAAACCAAACAUGCUGUAUCAUCAGGAACAGUAGAUAUAAUAUAAUACGUUAUAUAAAGUGUUUUCACACCCAAAAUGAGUAUGUUAUUUAAGAAGAAUGUCUUUGAAAUGUUUAUUUAUUUUUCACUGUAAUUUUUUAUACGUUAAAAUAAAACAGUACUAAUCGAU